CAAUCUACAUAAAACUGCUCAAGCAUUGCAAGGUUUUAUUCUGAUCAAUUUUGGUGCCACCACUCUAAGAUGAGAUGAUUAAAUUCAACUGACUUAUAUCUUAGAUAUGUGCCCAAAAUAUUCUGUGGUCAAACCACACGCUACACUCAGAGGAGGAAGUUUCAGAAAACUUCAGAUUCGAUUGCUGCAUUUUCAAGCUGAAUACAAAGUAGGAGGAUUUCUCUGAGGCAGAGUGACAGAGCGUCAGUGCUGAAUGUGAAGAUGGGACACACUUUGCCUGGUGCGCUGGGGUUUUUCUCCCUGAAUAUACUCCUCUACUGUGGACAUGCUCAAGAUAAACCUCAGCCUGUCCUCACUGUGUCUCCAUUAUGGCUGAGUCCUGGAGCCUCAGUAACUCUGAACUGCAGUGUUGAACAUCCAUCUGCAGGAUGGAGGUUCUUCUGGUAUAAGGCUGUUCCCAGACCGUCGAACAACUCCUUCUACAGCUUUCAGCAUCUAUCUGGCAGCAUCCAUGGGACUGAACAGGAUUCCUACAUUGUUCAUGGUCAGACACACACGACAGGAUAUGUGUGCAGAGCUGGAAGAGGAGAUCCAGUGUAUUAUACUCAUUACAGUCGACCCAAGUUUGUCUGGUCUGGGGAUUUUCAUCCAGCAGCGUCUCUCACAGUGAGUCCUGACAGAGUGCAACACUUCACCUCUGACUCCCUGUCACUGAGCUGUGAGGGAAACUCUACUGAGUGGAGAGUGAGGAGGUUUUCUAAAUUCGGUUACCUGACACACUGUUUUUCCUGGGGGACAGUGAAUGGAAACACAUGCAACAUCCGUAGCUCACAGAACAUUGACGGAGUCUACUGGUGUGAAUCUCACACAGGACAGUUCAGCAAUGCAGUCAACAUCACCGGAAGCACAGCGUCCAGGCCUGAACAAAGCUCUCCAUUUCCUGUGCUGUUGAUUGUUGGGCUGGUUGGUGGAGUGUCACUGAUUCUUCUCCUGCUGCUGUUUGUGUGUCGCUACACAAAGUCAAAAGAUUCAUGCUUCAUGAGGUCUCAGAGCACCAAUCAGAGUCCUGCUCCAGACCACAUGAUCAACCAGGCUGAAACUCAAUGCAGAGACUAUGCGUCUCUUCUCCACGGUGACGUCUGUCUCUAUGAAACAAUCAGAGACUCUGAAAAACCUGAACAUGGGAGGAAUAAUGAGCCAGAGGAGAACGAAUACUCAAAUGUGACGACAGGAUCAGCUGCAGAUUAAUGAAGAGAUCUGCAUCAACAAAACCCACAGAAUGGAUGAUAUGAUAAACUAAACCUUUAUUUAAACAGUAUUUAUCAGACAGCAUUCUGUACAGUUAAUCUAGUAGCAGAUCAUUUCAAAGAAAUACAUUAUAUGGUUUUUAUUUUGACUUCGACUGGAUCAACACAAAUGCUUUUUUUCCACAUAUAAUUACAGUUAUAUAUAUAUAUAUAUAUAUAUAUAUAUAUAUGUCUCUCUAUAAUAUUUAUGUCUUGUAUUGCUUACAAAUCACUGUCACUUUGUUUUUUAAAGCUCCUGUAGACAACCUCAAAUGCAGUUUGUUCCAAAUAACAGUAGAAAGUAACAGUUUGAAAUAUUUGAGCUUCAGGUGAUCGAGCGCCUUUAACGUCAGCAUCUUUUUCAGUUUUUGAUGAAAAAGCUUUACAGAUUUACAACAUCUGAUCUGUUAUCAAACCAUUCAUCGUGUCACACAUACAAGUUUCCUCUGUUCUCCCAUUUUUAAUGCUUUGAUUAGAUACUGUCUGUAUUUUAGUUUCACCUGGAUGAAUUUAACAUGUCUUCGUUAUGUUUGAGCAUUUUAUGCAUCAAUAAACUUGUUUCAGCACAAAGCUGUCAGCAGUUUUUGUAACUAUUUCUUUCUCUAAAAAAAGGUAAUCAAAUGUAAACAACCCUAUCUUUAUGAGGAGAUAUGACUUUAAGUGUAGUGUUGACAUGUUUUACAUCAUGGGGUGGACAGCAGAUGGCAGAGAGAAGCAAAUGAAUUGCAGUUUGCAUGUCACAUUUCCACAUGCCCUCACUACAUUACAGCGUUUAGAUUCAGGUUGAAAAUGAUUAA